AAGAAGGGAUGGAGAGCUCGCCGGUGGAACCCCAUGAGCAGAUGCGAGCCAGGGACGUGAAUCGCGUAGCUCGAGGGGAGCAAGCUCCUCGCCCAUCCCACGAACCAGGUAGCAUCAAAGAAGCACCAGUCGUACCAGGCCCUCCUACAAUUCGGGAGGUUGAUCUGGUCACAGCGCCUGCAGACCCACGCUUCCCAACGACCAACCAGACACGACAUUGCUACACCCGCUACAUUGAGUACCACAAGUGCAUACAAGCCAAGGGGAAAGGCGCGCCCGAAUGCGAAAAGUUUGCUCGAUACUACCGUUCUCUCUGCCCGUCCGAGUGGAUCCAGAAGUGGAACGAGCAGAGGGAAUUGGGUAUAUUUCCUGGACCCCUCUGAGUGAUGGCUGUACUGAGGCGGGCAGCAGCGGAAGAAAUCCGGGAGCUUCUUUCUUUUGUUAUACUCUUUAUUUUGAAUCCGAUCUACCACUGAACUAUAUUUUGCUUUCAAGGUUUCUGUCUGCCAGUUUUUUGCUUUCUGUAAAGAAGAGCAAAAGAAAAAGGAAAGGGAAGCAAUGCAUGAGUUGUAGACUUAUAGAGCCGUCAGUCAGAAAGCAGUUCGUCAACUUUAGAAGAAUUAGCUUUGUGCCGAAGAUUGUGGCCUCUGCUGAGGAAAGUGUCAUCGGAAGUUACUUAUACUCGCUUUUCAGAAGAUUAAGGGAAAUUAUCAUUUUCUAAGUAAAGAAAGGUUGUAAGUUUUUCAUUCAGGUGCAAUCAUUUUUCUUGUCGAGAUUGUGCAGAACCUUUAAAUGGGAUAGGAUCAGUUAUUCGAACCAGUCCCUAGCAACCAUGUGAAAUUUCUCAUGAUGCCUCGUUAACUGUGAAAUCGAAAUGGAUUAUUCUCA